AUGGCAGCUCCAGGCGUAGUUUUGUCACGCAGAUCACAGAACGAAAGGAUGUUAAAGAAGUUAGUUAAGUACUUUGGAGAAGAUUCGGAAGACGACACACCAUAUCUUUUGCAGCGCAAGAAGAAUCAGCAGAAGAAGCGGAUGUCUAAGAAAUUGAAAGAAUUCUUCGGCGAAGACUCUGAAGACGACACCCCAUAUUUUUCACAACGCAAGAAGAAGCAACAGAAGAAACGGAUAUUGAAGAAAUUCAGGGACCUUUUCGGCGAAGACUCUGAAGACGACACACCGUAUCUUCUUCAACGCAAGUUGAAGCAGAAGAAGAAACGGGUAAUGAAGAACUUUAAAAAAUGCUUUGGCGAAGAUUCCGAAGAGGACAGUACAUAUCUAAAAAUCCAUGAACCCAGGAUAAAGCAAUGUAAGAAAAAGAAGCAGCAAGCGAAGUCCCUAAAAGCUAGGAGCCAACUUUUACCGGCCGAGUCAACUGAACAAGUGAAUGGAAAAAAAUAA